GGUUACAAAUGGCGGGGAAAAGGGAGAUGGUUUGUUAAAGAAGAAUGGUAGAAAGUGCAAGCAGGAUGAGCUGUACACCGGAUCGAAGGCAGGAGGAGAAAUGUGAGUGAGGGCGAAGUAUCGGAGGGGUUAGGUGUGGGUGGUGAAGCAGGCGCUCCGCGUUAAACGAAUGGGGACAAGAGGUGUGAAUUGUUUUGCUCUCAAGACAAGGGCGCCAUUGAAAGGAGUGAUUACUGGGGUAGCGGUAAAUGUGAAAGUUGACCAACUGAAGGGAAUGAUUCCCGGUGUUUGGGAUGCUAGUCGUUUGGUCCCUCGCCCUCGACCCAUCUUCUGCUACUUUCUUCACUGCCUCAGCAUACGACAACUUCUGCACUACUCUAAGCCUGGAAACCUCAACCUGCCUCUCUCGCACCGGAGAUUUCUGAUCCUCGCAGAAAAUUGGGGUUGUGGUGGCAGCUGCAGAGAGGUAUUUGGGUGUACGAGACUUGAAGUCAGAAGUGUCCAGUCCUUUCAGGCUGUUGGCUUGAGGGAUGACUAGAUAUAUUUAAAUGGUGAGGUAGGGUGGUGUGUUUUUGGUGAAUGUAGGGUUAGAUAGUAGGGUAUUUUCAGUGGUGGAAAAAGUACCCAAUUGUCAUACUUGUGUAAAAGUAAAGAUACUGUAACGACCCUGGGUUUAUAAGCGCGGAUAUCGACUCUGCCGUUUGAGCAUGCUUUUGCGGCACAGUUGAUAGCGCACUAGACUUAUGGAUAGAAAGUCGAGGGUUCGACACCUGCUCCCUGCUGUUUCAUCGCAAUACCUACAGGACUCAAGUAAAAGUCACCCAGUAAAAUAUUACUUGAGUAAAAGUCUAAACAUAUUUGGUUUUAAGUAUCAAAAGUAAAUGGAAUUGAUCAAAUGUACUCUCCAACACGCAGACAUAAUUUACAAACAAAGCAUUUGUGUAGGUAGGCAUUAGGGAUGACCAUUGACGUUAUCUUGAUAAGUGAAUUGGACCAGUUUGAAUUGGACCAUUUUCCAUUCAAAAUGUAACGAGUACUUUUGGGUGUCAGGGAAAAUUUAUGGAGUAAAACGUGCAUUAUUUUCUUUAGGAAUGUAGUGAAGUAAAAGUUGUCAAAAAUAUAAAUAGUAAAGUACAGAUACCACAGAAAACUACAUAAGUAGUACUUUAAAGUAUUUAUUUUACCUUACACCACUGGGUAUUUCUUUAUUUUAUUUUUUAUUUUCAAGGAAAGUUUAAGGGAGUUAUACUUCAGUCUAGUAGGUGGCGGUAAUACAUUAUUUAUUGGAUGCCAAUCGCGGUUAAACCUCAUCGAAGAACAGACAGCGCAAUGAACGGAACUUCAUGAAGCUCAUUUCCGCCAUCUGGUCCGUCCAGCAAAGCUUUCCCCAAGACAGAUCAACAAUGGCUGAACGAGGAUACAGCUUCUCCCUCACUACUUUCAGCCCCUCUGGGAAACUGGUCCAAAUUGAAUAUGCCCUGGCAGCUGUAGCCGCAGGUGCUCCCGCUGUGGGAAUCAAAGCCUCAAAUGGAGUUGUCUUGGCAACAGAAAAGAAACAGAAGUCCAUCCUGUACGACGAGACUAGUGUUCACAAAGUGGAGCCCAUAACCAAACACAUCGGCAUGGUGUACAGUGGCAUGGGACCUGACUACAGGGUGCUGCUCCGGAGAGCCAGGAAGUUGGCCCAGCAAUACUUCCUGGUGUACCAGGAGCCCAUCCCCACAGCUCAGCUUGUUCAGAGGGUGGCCUCUGUCAUGCAGGAAUACACACAAUCAGGGGGUGUCCGUCCUUUCGGAGUAUCCUUGCUGAUCGCUGGUUGGGAUGAGGACAGACCAUACCUUUUCCAGUCUGAUCCAUCUGGAGCAUAUUUCGCCUGGAAAGCAACUGCUAUGGGGAAGAACUACGUCAAUGGUAAAACAUUCCUUGAGAAAAGAUACAAUGAGGACCUGGAACUGGAGGAUGCCAUUCACACAGCUAUCUUGACUUUGAAGGAAAGCUUUGAGGGUCAGAUGACCGAAGACAAUAUUGAAGUGGGGAUCUGCAAUGAAGCUGGCUUCAGGCGACUGUCACCCGCAGAAGUGAAAGACUACUUGGCGGCUAUCGCUUAAAACAAAUUUGUGUUAGUGUGAUUUGAUUGUUUAUCUUUGGUUAUUGCAAAAAUAAAUUGACUCUACUGUAUUUUCAACAUAACAGCAUUUAUUUGUUUGUAUUCCAGUCCCUCCCUUCUGACAAGCUCAGUAACUUUCAAUAAAUUCCAGAAAGUAAA